UUUCACUUCUUUUCUUAUUAUUAAACUCUUCCUCUUUUUAAAUCAAAUAAAAGAUAUAAAUGAUUAAUAGAGCUAGAAAUUGGUGGUGCUGGAUGGCUGUCGGGCUCCCGUGACUUUCUGCCGAUCCUGCGAUCUCCCUCGCUCGUCUUUCCUCUCCCUCUUCCUCUCUCUCUCCCCGUCUUCCUCUCCCUCCUGUUCGAUCACCUCAUCCUCCAUCAAUCGCUACAUACUCUUUUUUUCCCUUUUCCUUUCGACCUUCCUAUCCCGUCUUCCUCUACAUCUCUUUAAACCUCCCCACCUCCUCUCUCUCCGGGAUCAUCGGCUGGUAUCCCCUCCGCCUCUUCCACCCACCCCCCCUCCUCCUCUCUAAUUUCGCCCGUGAUAUCUCCUCGCUCCUAUUCUCCUCCGUCCAAUCCCCUUGCCUUCUCCGCCUUCUCAAGAUCUCGAUACUCGUCGGUCUUAUCCAUUUUUCCCACCGGUUCUCGAUCAAUACCGCCAAAGUGUCUUCCAUCGUCGCCCCUCGUACCAUCUCCUUCCCUCCGGAGGUCGAUACAGGCCACCGACGGUUGGCUCCCACCAAGGACAUGUCGCAGAAUAAAGCAGGCCGACGGAGACGCUCCAGCAGUCUCAUCUAUCAGGAACCUCCGGAAUCCAUCGAGCAUACCAGCGAUCAGGCAGCCCUGCCCAAUCUGAAUGCGAACUGGGUCAAUGCCAAGGGUGCCUGGACCAUCCACUUCGUCCUCAUCCUUGCCCUGAAGAUUUUCUACGACAUCAUUCCCGGCGUCUCCCAGGAAACCUCCUGGACCCUGACCAACAUCAGCUACAUGUUCGGUUCCUUCCUCAUGUUCCACUGGGUGCGGGGCAUCCCCUUCGAGUUCAACGCUGGUGCCUACGACAACCUCAACAUGUGGGAGCAGAUCGACAACGGCGACCAAUAUACCCCCGCCAAGAAAUUCCUGCUCUGCGUCCCCAUCUGCCUCUUCCUCCUCAGCACCCAUUAUACCCACUACGAUCUGACCUAUUUUACCAUCAACUUUCUCGCCACCUUGGCGGUGGUGAUUCCGAAACUUCCUUUCUCCCACCGGUUGCGGAUAGGUCUCUUUUCGGAGCCUGAGGAAUAGUUCUUUCCUCGUUGACGUUGCUUUUGUUAUUCUUUUCCUCAUAUCUGUUCGGUCUCUUGGCUUUUCUUCUUGAUCAUAUUCUCCGCUUGGCGAUUCAAUAUCCUUUUUCCCUUACAUUUUUCUUCUUGUCUUUGCUCGCGACGGUGCUGUUUCUCAGUGACUCCACGGAUCAGUACUCAAUUUGUCGACUGCCGACGACUCUCGAAUGGGGAACGGCAGGGGCCAUGGGUCCCAGAAAGGGGUGAGGAAAUCCACCAGAAAUCUACAAAGGAGAGAGCGGUGCGGUGUGGAUGCGAAGGGUUGGGCGGGAGAAAGAAUCCCGGUAUCUCGAUAUCAUUAUUAUCAAUGCUUGCUUGCACCGUUCUCGUGGCAUCGGCUUCCGAUCGUAUUUCGCUUCCCGGAUUUCUUAGAACCGCGAUCGUCCAGGGGAUGGUUUAAGCGGUGGACACGGCCUUUUCGUAUCAAUUGUACUACGUCGGGCCGACGCGGACGAGGGGUGCCACUCUGACUGGCCAUGUUCACGAUGGUUUCAUGGUCGGAUGUCGGGGGUCUUCGUGGCUCCGUUGUGGAUUUCGAGGCCCGUGAGAGCGCUAUGUAAUGGGUCACCCGUGCUACCUCGGUACGAGUAUUAGACUAUAGUUUGGGAUAUUCGUU